AAAGAACUCCGAGUGCCAAAACUAAGUAAGUUAGCUGACAAAACGCACGCAGCUUGCAGCGCCUCCGCCGGGUGCACCAACUCUGCGGAGACCAAGCGGGCUCGGUGUGGAGCGGCCACGGGGGCAGGGACCCCGCUGCGGUCCCCACGCGCUCCAGCGGCCCGGAGAAGGAAUCGCUGCCCGCAGUUCCUGCAGAGGAGGGGAGGUAGCGCCGGAGGGAGGUCAGGAAACGGCCUUCUCUCUCACUUCGCCGCCUGGUGAGUGUCGGGAAGAUUGACAAACGCCUUGGAGAGGACCGGGAGAAGAGAGAGCCCUGUGAAAGUGCAGACGGUGAUCGGGCAGCCGGUCCGCUCCGGGCAGCGCCUCAUCUGCCCGGGUAAGAGCGAGGCGCGGCGGCUCAACUUCCCAGUGUUUUCCAGGUGAGGGGACCGCUGGACGGGCUGAUGACCCACCGCCAUCCGUGCGCGCGCCCUCGGGGGAGCCCCGCUCCCCAACGUUGAGAGCGCUCUGGAAAAUCCCCCGCCCAAGGGGAUUCUCCAUUCCUUAGUGGAAUUUUUUCUCCCAAGAACUUUUGGGUGGAGGUAUUAACUUUUUUUGUGGAAGCUGCUCUGGGGAGCGAGGAGGAGGAGGAGAAAGUGAAAUCUGAUGGAGAAGAGCGACUCCUUGCUUUCCCGACGGCCCAUCCGUUAAGCCAUCACUUCUGGAAGAUUCAAGUUGUGGGACGUGCUGAUCCUGAGAGGAGCGCAGGGCUUCUUUCCGGGUGGAGACCUCCGCCGCCUGCUCGGUCCACCCCUCCCGCGUGCAUGUGUGCGCCGGCGGCGGCGCGGGGUGCGUGGUUCUGCGUGUCGAGCGUCAGCUGGGACCCGAGUGAAUGGCCCCCAGGGAAUGCGCGGGGCAUCCGCCUCCGCCGCCUCCGCAGGCCUGGGUCUGGCCGGGAAAGAUGCUAGCCAUGGGGGCGCUGGCAGGCUUCUGGGUCCUCAGCCUCCUCACCUAUGGUUACCUGUCCUGGGGCCAGGGCUUGGAGGACGAGGAGGAAGCGGCCUUCCGAGCUCAAGCUGGAGAAAGGCCGGAGCCCAGCACAGCUGCCACCUCCCAGCCCCAUCUCAUUUUCAUCCUAGCCGAUGAUCAGGGAUUUAGAGAUGUGGGUUACCACGGAUCGGAGAUAAAGACUCCCACUCUUGACAAACUUGCUGCUGAAGGAGUUAAACUGGAGAACUACUAUGUCCAGCCUAUUUGCACACCGUCCAGGAGUCAGUUUAUUACUGGAAAGUAUCAGAUACACACCGGACUUCAGCAUUCUAUCAUAAGACCCACCCAACCCAACUGCUUACCUCUGGACAAUGCAACUCUACCUCAGAAGCUGAAGGAGGUUGGAUAUUCAACACACAUGGUUGGAAAAUGGCACUUGGGUUUUUACAGGAAAGAAUGCAUGCCCACCAAGAGAGGAUUUGAUACCUUUUUUGGUUCCCUCUUGGGAAGUGGUGAUUACUAUACACACUACAAAUGUGACAGUCCCGGGAUGUGUGGCUAUGACUUGUAUGAAAAUGACAAUGCUGCCUGGGGCUAUGACAAUGGCAUUUACUCCACACAGAUGUACACUCAGAGAGUACAGCAAAUCUUAGCUUCCCAUGACCCCAGAAAGCCUAUAUUUUUAUAUAUUGCCUACCAAGCUGUUCACUCACCGCUGCAAGCCCCUAGCAGGUAUUUUGAACACUACAGAUCCAUCGUCAACAUAAACAGGCGGAGGUAUGCUGCCAUGCUUUCCUGCUUAGAUGAAGCAAUCAACAAUGUGACUCUGGCUCUAAAGACAUAUGGUUUCUACAACAACAGCAUUAUCAUCUACUCUUCAGAUAAUGGCGGUCAACCCACUGCAGGAGGAAGUAACUGGCCUCUCAGAGGCAGCAAAGGAACAUACUGGGAAGGGGGGAUCCGGGCUGUUGGCUUCGUGCAUAGCCCACUUCUGCAAAACAAGGGAACGGUGUGUAAGGAGCUUGUGCACAUCACUGACUGGUACCCUACUCUGAUUUCACUGGCUGAAGGACAGAUUGAUGAGGACAUUCAACUGGAUGGCUAUGAUAUCUGGGAGACCAUAAGCGAAGGCCUUCGUUCUCCCCGGGUGGAUAUUUUGCACAACAUUGACCCCAUUUAUACCAAGGCGAAAAAUGGCUCUUUGGCGGCAGGCUAUGGGAUCUGGAACACUGCGAUCCAGUCAGCCAUCAGGGUGCAGAACUGGAAACUGCUUACAGGAAACCCUGGGUACAGUGACUGGGUUCCCCCUCAGUCUUUCAGCAACCUGGGGCCAAAUCGGUGGCACAACGAACGGAUUACCUUGUCCACUGGCAAAAGUGUAUGGCUUUUCAACAUCACAGCUGACCCGUAUGAGAGAGUGGAUCUAUCUAACCGAUAUCCUGGAAUCGUGAAGAAGCUCCUGCGGAGGCUCUCACAGUACAACAAAACUGCAGUGCCCGUCAGGUACCCCCCCAAAGACCCCAGAAGUAACCCUCGGCUCAAUGGAGGAGUCUGGGGACCAUGGUAUAAAGAGGAAAACAAGAAGAAGAAACCAAGCAAAAAGAAGGCUGAGAAAAAGCAGAAGAAAAGUAAGACAAAGAAGAAAAAGCAGAAAACAGGCUUCUUUCUAAAUUGCCCUUCAGGUGUUACUCGAGGAUAAGUACCAAUUUUUGACUGUCUGGGUAAACUUAUGUCAAUUCGUUCACCUGUUUUCUAGGGAAACAAGCAAAUUUGGCUCCAUAAUAUCACUGCCAUAAGCAUCAGACUUUUCAUGCUGUGCCACUCCAGAGACUUCUGCCACGUGGUUGCCACAUGGAAAACUGUUCUUGGUGCCAAAGGUGCUACUCUUGUGAGCCACACUUGUGAGGAGAAUGGAGAUGCUUAUUUCUCUUGCUCCUUUAUAGAAGGUGGUCAGGAAUGAGUUCAACUGCUGUGCCUCAGUCCGUUGACCAAGCACUAGGCUUUAAAUCAUUACAAGGGACAAUAACCUGCAAUCGAUGAACAUGCUAAUUGGAUGGGUAUUUACAGGGUAGCGUGAUUAAAAACUACCUUUGAUAAAAUAUAGUCAAAGACUGCCUCACCUCGAAGGCCUUGAAAAAUAUAUUUUCUUAGUGAAUUUUUGUAUCUCUAUCAUAUGACACUUGAGUUUUUAAAUUAACUCUAUUUCAUGUAUCAUUUCCUUUCCUGUGAAAAUAAGCUGUUUUUCUCACGUGUGAGCAGCUUGCACCUCAUUUGAUCAUGCAUGAGAGAAUGGCAGAUAAGAAUGUUCAAGCACCAUGCCAAAACGUGAAUGUAACGAUUUUCUAAACACUUUAAUAGAAAGACAUUUCAGCAUAAAGUAUGUAAUUUAUUUUUACAGAAAAAAUAUUAAUUAUUUUGUUUUCAUAAAAGUUAUGCAAAUGAUUUUUAAUUAUUUUAUUUUUAUUUUCUACACACCAUUAGAAGAAUUUUAUUUCAUAUCUUCGAGAUUAACAAGCACUGUAAUACUAUGUUACUGUAAUACUGUGUGAAUUACAGACUAUAAAAUGAAAAUCAUUCAGAAAAAAGGGUAGUCAUUAUUGUUUGACCAUUAUUUUGAAUGUAAUAAGAUGAAUAUAUUCCUUACAAAUUACUUGGAAAUUCAGUGUUUGUACAGAAUUGAGAGACAACUUUAUUGUUUCUAUCAUAAACACUUUAUUUAUGUAUCUUAAUUAUUAAA